AUGUGGGACUCUCACUCUCUGCCUCCCGAAAUCCUCCUCGAUAUUAUCAUACGACUAUCCAUCAAAUCCAUCAUAACUUGCAUCUCUGUUUGCAAAACAUGGAAAUCUCUAAUCCAAAACCCUUCUUUCAUUUCCGACCAUCUCCGCCAUUCCACCACCAAAUACCUCCUUUUCAGCCUCUACUCUAAGACCGCCUGGCAAGUAUAUAAAAUCCCCCACGAACAAGGAAAAGAGCACUACGCUUUGCAUUGGGACGACAACCGAGAUUUCAAUGAAUACACCAAGUUUUACUUCCCUCUUCUCCAUGGUCAGGAAAGAUUCCGUGUGGUGGGUACUUGCGACGGCCUCAUCUGCCUUGCCAAUUAUAUAUGUUGCGACACUUUCAUCAUCAGAAAGUUCGUCCAAGUGAGUAAAGCUCUACCUCUACCCAAUAUCCCACCAUUCAGAUACAGUGUUUCUGUUGGGUUUGGAAUUGGUUCCAAAACCAGUGACUAUAAGGUGGCGAGGAUUCUGAGUUUUCGAGAUAGAAAAAGCGCGUCUCCACCCAAGCUUGAGGUUGAGGUUUACUCACUUGCCACUGCUGAAUGGAAAACGCUUACUACAGCCUUGCCUCCCACAAGUACUGAAUGCUACGGUAACCCACAUGCUUCUGUCAAUGGGGCUCUGCAUUGGGUUGCUUCCAGAAGAACUAAAGACAAUAUACUUAUCAAGUUUGUUAUGGUAAUUGAUUUGGAGGAUGAGAUUUUCACAUAUGGGAAUUCCCUUGCCUUGUAUCAAGAGGUUUCUAUGAACUAUCUCAGAUAUUACAGACCAAGUGCAAAAGGUUUUAGGAAGAGUGGUGAGGUUAUAUUGAAAAUGAAUGACACAAAAUUCAUCUCGCGAGACCUUGAGACCCAAGAGAUUAAAGAUAUUGGGAAUGCUGGAUAUUAUCAUACUUAUGUUGAUUAUUAUGUCGAGAGUGUAGUUUUGAAUGACAAAAAAUCCCAACUGUGCAGUUACUGA